AUGUAUUUUCGGUAGUCCUAGAUAAUCUCGCAAGUGAAAAUCGUGCAUGCAUGAGUGAUUGAUCAAGUAUAUAAUUAUUUUAUUUUAAAUUUCUAAAAUGUUCGGACCCGGUUCAGCUCCCGUUCUUGUCCUAAGCCAAAACACCAAACGUGAAUCCGGUCGGAAAGUGCAGGUGGAGAACAUCGCCGCCGGAAAAGCAAUAGCAGAUGUCAUUCGAACAUGUCUGGGUCCACAGGCAAUGCUAAAAAUGCUGAUGGAUCCCAUGGGAGGUAUUGUUAUGACUAAUGAUGGAAAUGCUAUCCUACGAGAGAUAACGGUUCAGCAUCCUGCAGGAAAGUCUUUAAUUGAAAUUGCUAGAACGCAAGAUGAAGAAGUGGGUGAUGGAACCACUUCCGUCAUCGUACUAGCCGGUGAGAUGCUAGCCGUGGCCGAACAAUUUUUAGAGCAGAAAAUGCACCCCACCGUCAUUAUUAAAGCUUACAGGCAAGCCCUUGAAGAUAUGAUCGCUAUUCUACAAGAUAAAAUCAGCAUACCGCUCGAUCGUAACAACCGGGCAAAAGUGAUGGAAGUUGUCAAAUCAUGCGUUGGUACCAAAUUCAUUGGCAGGUGGUCCGAUCUAGCUGUCAAAAUUGCUUUAGAUGCUGUGGAAACUGUCACAUUAGAAGAAAAUGGUCGCAAAGAAAUUGACAUUAAGAGAUAUGCCAAAGUUGAAAAGAUUCCCGGUGGAAGCAUUGAAGACUCCGAGGUUUUGAGAGGAGUAAUGAUUAACAAAGAUGUUACCCAUCCAAAAAUGAGGCGAUACAUCAAGAACCCACGUAUAGUUCUCCUUGACUGUACACUUGAGUACAAGAAAGGAGAAAGCCAGACCAAUGUUGAAAUCAUGAAAGAAACUGAUUUUACAAGAAUCUUGCAGCUGGAAGAAGAAUAUGUCGAAAAAAUCUGUGCUGAUAUUAUUGCUGUCAAACCAGAUAUUGUUUUCACAGAGAAAGGAAUCUCUGAUUUGGCUCAGCACUAUCUCCUGAAAGCAGGAAUCACUGCUUUGCGCCGUUUACGCAAGUCAGAUAACAACCGUGUGGCCCGUGCAUGUGGUGCAACUAUUGUAAACCGUACGGAGGAGUUAAAAGAAGAGGAUGUAGGAACAAAGGCUGGUCUUUUCGAGAUCAAAAAGCUUGGUGAUGAGUAUUUCUGUUUUAUCACUGAAUGCCAAGAUCCCAAGGCAUGUACUAUUUUACUGAGAGGUGCAAGCAAAGACAUUUUGAAUGAAACAGAAAGGAAUCUUCAAGAUGCUCUGAAUGUUGCCAGAAACAUCAUGAUGGAACCUAAACUGGUUCCUGGAGGUGGAGCUGUGGAAAUGGCUGUCUCUCAGGCAUUAACAGAGAAAAGCAAAAGUGUGGAGGGUGUUUCGCAGUGGCCAUAUCGUGCAGUUGCGCAAGCUUUGGAAAUCAUUCCUCGCACAUUGACACAAAACUGUGGUGCCAACACAAUCCGAACUCUCACAGCUCUAAGAGCCAAACAUGCAACCGGUGGAUCAACUUGGGGUAUCAAUGGUGAAACAGGACAACUGGUAGAUAUGAAAGAACUAGGCAUUUGGGAACCUUUGUCUGUCAAGCUGCAAACUUACAAAACUGCGGUUGAGACUGCAAUAUUACUCCUGAGAAUAGAUGAUAUUGUUUCUGGUUCAAAAAAGAAAGACAAAGAUGCAGCACAUCAACCAGCCGCCCAGCCAACAGAAGAGUCCAUGAAAGAGUAAUUUUUCUUCCCUCCUUUACCCUGGUAUUCAUCAAACUGUACUCUUCUCUUUUUCUAUGAAGAGGAAAACUCUCACUAAUGCAUUUCCUAACACUUCAUCGUACUACACUUUGUUUUGUGCCUGUGACGUUUCUUUUUAAUUUAAUUUUAAGUCAAGUAUUAAGAUUCAUGAGCGUUUAUUUUUUACUUAAAACUUGUCAUCCAAUUUUGUAUCUAUUUUAAGUACACGUUUUCACUUAA